UUCAAACAAGUGCUUGCGGGUGUCGGCUGCUGCGCGUUUGCUGAGACUAGUGUUUUUAUACAAGUAUUGACGUGUUCGCUCGCCGUUUUUCAUGCACGGAAAUCGUAUAUUACGCAGUAAAAAUGUUGAAAGAGGAACCUUAUGAAGUGUCGUUGGAUGAAUGUGGAGAUGGAAUAAUGAAUGAGCCAAUUGAUCAUAAAAAUGUCCAACAAUUGCCUUUUCAAGAUAAUUUGGUCCUUCGGAUUCCAAGAUGCGACGAUAUGAUGAUUGAAUUCGAAUGUCAAGAUGUAAAGCCCGAUAAGAAUUUAUUGCUACCAAAGAAAAUGGAUUUACACAAAAUUAAAAAAGAACCCCCAGAGAAUUUGGAAGAAGAAAUCAUCGACGACAUGGCCGAGGAAUCGAAUCCGAACGGUGAACUCAAUAACGACAUAGAAAUUGAAUUCGAAUGUCAAGACGAGAAGCCUAGUGUGGAUUUCUUAGUAGGGCAUAAAAGUGAUGAUAACUCUGGAAAUCAAUUACAGAAUGAUAAAAAUAGUCAUAAAAGUCAAAAUAUUAUGAAAGCAGAAAUUAAGAAGGAAGUAAAGGAAGAUAUUCUUAGCGACGUUCCAGAGGAAUUAAAUUUGGACUCUGAGGGGGUUGAACAAAAUGAAAAUAAUCAACGCAGUCUCAGGGCACACAGUGACAGUGGUAGCAACUACGCAUGUGAAAUAUGUGGAAAAAAUUAUUUAAGAAAACAUCAUCUCCAAAUCCACAUCGAUACAAUGCAUAGUAACAUCACUUAUAAAUGUGAUGUAUGCGAAAAAAAAUUCGCUUGUAAAAGUUAUCUCCGAAGUCACAUUUUGAGGAUACACAGCGAAAUCAAACUUAUAUGUGACAUAUGCGGAAAGGAAUACUCUACGAUUGGUGAGCUAAAAAACCACAUAGAUUCGAUACAUAAUGGUAAGAGAUAUACAUGCAAUCUGUGCGGAAAGACAUUCCAGCGCAAAGACAGUAUCGGAACCCACAUCAAUAGAGCGCAUAAAGGUAUCAAACAUAAAUGCGGUACGUGUGGGAAAACAUAUUCAGCUAAGAGUCAUCUCCAACUCCACAUCGAUUCGAUACAUAAUGGUAUCGGGCCCAAAUGUGAAAUAUGUGGAAAGAUAUUUUCACGCUAUUUAACUAUGCAACGCCACAUCGAUUCGAUUCAUAAAGGUAUCACUAAGUCAUGCAAAAUAUGUGGAAGGGCAUUUCCUCUUCAAACUAAUCUCAAAUUACACAUGGAUUCUGUGCACAAAGGUAUUGACCAUCCGUGUGAUGUAUGCGGAAAGAAAUUCAAACGAAAAGAUUCCCUCCAAGAACAUAUAGAUUCGGUUCAUAAUAAAAUCACUCAUACGUGUGCCAUAUGCGGAAAGACAUACAGACGGAAGGAUUCCCUCAAAGAACACAUUGAUUCGAUUCAUAGGGAAAUAACCCAUGCGUGUGAAAUAUGUAAAAAGAAAUUUAAACGCAAGGACCACCUCAAAGUCCAUAUCGAUUCGGAACAUAAUAAAAUAACUCAUAAAUGUGAUAUAUGUGGAAACACAUUCAAAAGCAGAACCAAUCUCACAGUCCACAUCAAUUCGAUCCAUAUGGGCGUUACUCAUUCAUGCGAUACGUGUGGUAAGAAAUUCGCAUCGAAUGGUUAUCUCCAAAUUCACAUCGAUGCAUCGCAUAAUAAAGUCACUUAUGAAUGCGAUAUAUGCAAAAAGAAGUUUGCGCAUAAAAAUUCUCUCAAACUCCACAUCGAAUCGAUACAUAUGGGCAGGAGACAUAAAUGCGGUGAGUGCGGACAAAAAUUUAAAGUCAGUAGUGCUCUCAAAAUCCACAUAGAAUCAGUGCAUAGUAACAUUACUCAUGAAUGUGAUGAAUGCAAAAAGACAUUCGCCUGUAAAAAUUAUCUCCGAUUGCACACCGAUGCGGUGCAUAAUAAAAUUACUUACGCAUGCGCUUUAUGCGGUACGAAAUUCAAGGCUAAGCCUUAUCUAAAAAGGCACAUCGAUACGCAGCAUAAUAAAAACUCCCACGCAUGUGACAGAUGCGAGAAGACAUUUAAACGAAAGGAUAAUCUCAAAAAUCACAUCGAUACGCAGCAUAAUAAAAUCUCCCACGCAUGUGACAGAUGCGAGAAGACAUUUAAACGAAAAGAUGCUCUCAAAAAGCACAUCGAUACAAAGCAUAAAAGUAAAACGCGCAUGGUAAAAGUGAAAAAAUUAAAACCAAAGGAUUAAGUCGGUGUCCACGUGGAUAGGAUGCAUCGCUAAUCCAUUGUGACUUAGACAGGUGUACAUGAUUUAUGUUGAAAUGCAUUAAUUCACGGUCUAUAAGUUUAUUUUUUUAACUUAAAUAUCUUUCUUGAAAAUUGUUGUUUAAUGUGAUACUAUUUGUGUACUCCUCUUGUGCUAUGUUAUCUCACCAAAAGAACAAAGCCCAAGUAUUAAUAAGAAUCAUAAUCAAUAAAUUUAUUAUGUUAAUGAAAA